UAAUUUCUUCCAGAUAAUGCUGUGUGAAAUACAGAAAAUUAACAUAAAUGAAGUCAUUUAUUCCUUAUCGCGUCACUAUCUUAUAUAAAACGAAUAAAGCAAUUCACUGUUGAUAUCUCACGCAGCAGGGGAGAUUUUUCUCCACUAAUCCCGCUAUCAAUCAAUUUCUCUGGUGUUAUCUUUAUAAGAAGUUGUAUAAGACUCCAUUGAGCCGAUUUUGGCCAAUUCUGUUCUGUUGCUAAUGCAUUUUUCCAAGCAAUUUUAACAAUUUUCCCCGCUAAUUUUUCUAUGACGAACAACAAAAUCUCAGCGAAGACACUCAGUUUCACAUGAUAAUGUGAUUUAAAUGCGGUGCGUUUUUGUGUGUAUUUGUGCUUCACAUUCUCACGCUCUCAUCAUCUCAUAUUUCCCCACUUGACUCAUUUGUUCUGCGCCUCACGUGUUUCUCUUUCCUUCCUCCGGCAGUCGCUCUUCAGCUCCAGCCGGCGAAAGAAGUGUUGAUUUUCACCGUUUUCACCUUCGCCCGCAUCGCAGUGUCUCUCUUGUGACGUGUCUCUGGCCACGGAAGAAUGUCUCUAACCAAUGUAUUCAUCGUCUCAGCUGCCCGGACGCCAAUCGGCAGCUUCAAUGGGUGCUUUUCGAAGCUCUCGGCGGCAGAUUUGGGAGCCGUGGCGAUCCGGGAAGUGCUCUCGCGAGCGAAUGUCAAGGCCGAAGAUGUCUCUGAAGUUAUUUUAGGCCAGGCUCUCACAGCCGGUCAGGGUCAGAAUCCAGGACGUCAGGCAGCCUUGGCGGCGGGAUUGCCAUUGGAUGUGCCCGCUUACGUGCUCAACAUGCUCUGCGGCUCUGGGCUGAAGACAGUGCAGCUCGGCUUCCAGGCCAUCCGCAGCGGAGAGGCGACGAUUGUCGUGUGCGGCGGCCAGGAGAGCAUGACGAAGGCGCCGCACGCCAUCCACCUGAGGGACGGCGUACGAAUGGGUCCGGGCACGAUGGUGGACACGAUGCUGGUGGACGGACUCACGGACGCGCAGUACAAGAUCCACAUGGGCGUCACGGCGGAGAAUCUGGCUGAAAAACACUCCAUCACGCGCGAGGAGCAGGACGCCUACGCCCUCCGGUCGCAGCAGCUGACGGAGGAGAGCCAGAAGAAGGGGUAUUUCGACAAGGAAAUCGUCCCCGUGACGCUGAAGGAUCGCAAGGGCGUGGAGACGAAGGUCACCCAGGAUGAGUAUCCCAAGCAUGGCGCUUCGUUGGCGGAUAUGCAGAAGCUGAAGCCGGCCUUCAAUCCCACUGGCACAGUCACGGCGGCCAACGCCUCGGGGAUCAACGAUUCCGCCGCCGCGGUGCUGCUGAUGGGCGAGGAGGAGAUGAAGCGGCGCAAUUUGCAGCCUCUGGCGCGGAUUGUGGCCUUCGCCCAGGGCGGCGUCGAUCCGCGCAUGAUGGGCGCCGGCCCCGUGCCGGCGGUCAACGCCGUGUGCGCCCGCGCGGGCUGGCGCAAGGAGGAUGUGGAGGUGUUCGAGCUGAACGAGGCCUUCGCCGCCCAGGCGAUCGCCGUGCAGCGCGAGCUGGAGCUCGAUCCGGCGCGCAUCAACAUCCACGGCGGCGCCAUCGCGCUGGGCCACCCAAUCGGGGCGUCCGGCUGUCGCGUGCUGGUCACUCUGCUGUACGCCAUGGAGCGCACGAACGCACGCAAGGGCAUCGCGUCGCUGUGCAUCGGCGGCGGCAUGGGCAUCGCAAUAGCCGUGGAGAGAGCCUAAAAUGGCAGGGAACGAGAGAAAAGUGUGCACAAAUCGGUUGGGAAUCGGUUUUUAUACAUCCG